CGUGUUUAAUCAUAUUCUGAGCAGGUGGACAUUGAACGCCUGAUGGCUCAGCUGCAGUUUUAACCAGGAUGGUUGUAUUAGUGUAUCUCUCAUGCCUUGGGUAAUAGUCUCCCACAUUAAAGGUCAGAGGGCAGCUGGACAGCAGGAGACAGGAGGCUUGGAGUGGAGCAGUGAACUAAUGGGUGAUCAGAGGGAGGAUGAGGAGGAAGCAGCAGCAGAGGAUCAACAGCAGAGUUUAAUUCAAACACAAAAUGAAGGUCAGCCCAAGAAUAAUAAUUUUUGGUCCCAAACUGUGAGGACUCUCUGCUGUUUCAUCCCAGUGGCUGCAGUGUGGUUUGCCUGCCAGCUGGAGGCGCUGCCGUACCCCUCUCUGCCAGCAGAGGAUAUGUGCUGCAGGCUGUUGUUAGUGUGUUUUCUUUGGGCACUUCUGGGAGGGGGGAUUUAUGCCCUGAAGUGCUGCCUGCGGCCAGGACAGAACUGGGAGGAACAUCCACAGAUGAAACAGCAGCUGGUUGAGCCUGAAAUCUGCAGAAAUCAGUAUUCAAGUCAGCUCUCCAGGGUGCCCCCGACGAGCAUCAGAGAUGUUGAAGUUCCUCUGACCCAGGCACUGACGGACAGUCUGCUGCUGUGUGUGCUUCACGAGCCCCUGCAGGUCCCCUCUGUGUCCCACAUCAAGGCUCUCCACUCCAAACUGGAGGUGGUUGCUCACACACUGGAGAAGGUGAACUUUGGACCCGAGGCGAUGCCGAAGGAGGUGGGCCGAGGCUCCACGCUGAGAGACAAACUGAAAGUCCUCUGUGCUUACCUGGAGCAGAGGACGGGAUCCCUCCAGGCUCUGAUGCAGGUGCAGGCUGAUUUUGAAUCCAUUGUUAGAGACUUCCUGCAGGGCACUGAGGGGCUCUGGGCCCAGCUGGUGGAGCUUCAUGCUGGGGUGACUCUAACCAAACAGGACAGCCAGGGCAACAGAGACCUGGCUUCGGUCCAGGCAGACGCUGAGAGCUUGAUUUCAGUUUUGGGUCAGUAUCAGAACAAGCUGAAAGUCUGUCAGGCUCAUCUGAAGGAUAGCACGCAGCUCCUGCAGGAGUUAACCUGGAGUCAUGCUCACAUCAGCAGCAAGGUGAACGGCGGCGGCGAGUCUGUCUGGCCUGAGCUUUUGCUUCAGUCCAACAUUGAGCAGGCUGACAAAGUUCAGGAGAGUUUCAGUGCUCUGGAGCAGCAGAUUGCUACCUUUAAGACCCAUCUACAGGGGCUAGGAAAAGAAGAUCAGGAAGAAGCCGCUGGGCUGCUCACUCACACCAACAGGUCAGCUUCAGAUCCCGACUCUCUGCAGAAUUCCUUUCAGAUUGGGGAUUUGCCUCUGAGGAGUUCAACCCCUGUAGCUUCAAAAAAGCCAUCUCCUAUAUCAACACUAAAGUUUCCCUCCUCAAUGAGAUGCCUGCCAAAACCUGGAAAGAAGAAAUGAUUUGUGUUGUUUUUUUUUUUAGAUAUUAAAUAUUUAAUUUUGUCUUCUUUUUUUAAUCAAAAAUGUUUUAUUUAUAAAGUUUCUGCAGAUGUUGAUCAUUUGCUGGCUGCCUCAGAAUUAAGUAUUUAUUUUUGCAUCAAUCACUUUGUGUAGAUUGCAUCUUGCAUUAAGUUUUUUUUGUAAUUAAUAGCUGCUGUGAUGCCAGUUUAUCUACAGGGGGAUUAAAUAUUUUAAACACUAGGGGGCAGUCUAACAUCAGAUGUUAAAGGUUAGCAUUUGCGUCCAAACAGAAAAUGUCAAAACAUUUUAAUAAUGUAUAUCUUUAUCUUAACUGAAUUGUGAUUAACAAUACACUGUUGCUAUGUUUUUUUACUCAAAGAAAAGAUGCAUUUAGUUGUACUGCUGCUACAAUAAAAUU